ACACCACACACGAAGAGACACAUCAGCACUUCCGCUUAUUGCAUCGACCAAGGAACAACUAACACUAUGUCGUAGACAGAAAUUACCAUUUUUCACCGGACUUUACGGAACGUAGACUGCCAUGUUUUACGGAAUACGACUCACAACAACCUAAAAUGUCUCUACUCACGCCAAAAACCAUCGUUAUUACCACUGUACCAGGAAAAACUCAGUCCAGGCCCAUCACCUUGCAGCCGCCCAUGGACGUGGAGUAUUUCUCUGGAGAUCAGGAUGAAAGUCCCAGGAAGAGGCGUCGUUUGACUCACCUGUCUCCAGAGGAAAAACUCAUGAGAAGGAAACUGAAAAACAGAGUAGCAGCCCAGACAGCUCGUGACAGGAAGAAGGCCAUUAUGUCUGACCUGGAAAUACAGGUGUCAAAAUUAAUGGAGGAAAACAAACGUCUACAAAGAGAAAAUGAUAAACUGAAACAACGAUCCAGUGUGCUGAUAACUGAGAACUCAUCACUGAGAGAGCGCCUCGGGACGGACGGUUCACUGGUUAAGAUGGAGGAGGAAACCUCGGGAUCUGCAGCAUCCUCAGUCUCUCUGCCGUGGGGACAAACUCCUUCACCAUCUCAACCAGCGAUGCCUUACGUUCUAACUCUGUGUACAAGUUCCACCGACAAAGCUUCAAAAGCUGAUGUCAAACCUUUACGCAAACUCCAAGUCAAGCCAAGUGAAGAUACACAACAUGGACCCAAUUCUCCAGUGGUGGGGCCGUCACCAGCAGAACUGGACUCCAUCAAUGAACUGAUUAAAUUUGAUCAUGAGUAUUAUAAAAUUGAGCCCCUCACACCGGAGCCCGAGAUGGAGGUCAUUGUUGAUGUGGAUGCUACUUCUACCAUUGAACUUAAAACAGAUACCGAGUGUAUUGAUCCAAACCUGAAAACUAACCAGGAAGAAAGUAUUCAUGUCAUGGAAGAGGAAGUCCCUGUUCCAUGUAUCAGUGAUUUUGUGGACUUAGAAAAAGAAGUGUUGAACGUUUUACCGGAGAUCAACAUUGAUCUUCUCAAUGACAUUGAAAGCCUUAUCGAGGAUGACCUCCAUUCACAGGCCACUCCCGAUUCCACAGAGGAAAUUUCACAAAAUGGACAGUUGUUACUGCCAAGUGAACAGAAUAAGAGACUCCAGAGUGAGCUUGCCCCCCAAGCAGAGAAACAGUCCAAGAGGAAGUACUCCCAGACACUUGGGUCCUGUUCUGACCUCAUUUCCUCGGAUGAUUAUUUCUCUAGUAGUGACUCAGGGAUCACUAGUGACUACAGUGAGGUAGGGUCACCCUACAGCGACAUCUCAGGAGGUCUGUCGGACAAUGUCUGGGAGGAAUCUUUCAUUGAACUUUUCCCCGAUUUGGUGUGAGCUUACAUUCUGGAGUUCAUAUUGUUCUGUACAUAACACAUGUUCUCAUUAUUUAUUCAAAGGCAUAACAUAUGACAUUGUGUAUAUUAAAUGUUCAUUUUGUGAAAUAAAUUCUAAUGGAAAAUGGG